UAUCGAAUCAUAUAAUUUCUCUCUGAAUUGGAAUUUCAAGAUGUCCAAACAUCGUUUUGAGAAAUGUAGUUAUAAUUAUGGCAAGGAAUAUCUUUGGGAGAGUUCCACUCUUACGGCCAAGUGUAAGGAAUUGGGACUGGAAAAGGAAUAUUAUGAAUAUGUGACACGUCUGCGUCUCAGAGCUUUGGGUAUCUUUGUGAUACUUCACACUGUAUAUACCUUUGUGCACUGUAUCCUGCUGCUGUCAACAAGUGGUCAUCCUCAUAUAAUUUAUAUUGAUGUUUGUUGUUAUAUGAUCGCUUAUACUAUAUUCAUAUCGGUGUUGAGCAUUAAUUUCUUUGAGGAGUAUGUGACGAAACGACCCUGGCUAAUGUAUCUGUCGUCUGUGAUUGCCACAGUUGUGUGGGUGGGAGUCGAUCUGACAUUGAAUAUGUAUCAUUAUUAUGUAAACGAUUGGCUAUUAACUUCAAUUUAUGACUCUUAUUCGUUAUAUAUGAUCUACAUGUUCUUGCCCAUGCCACUUUUAGUGGGACCACUAUUGCUGGGUACUUUGGUAUCGAUUUUAUACGUUACCUAUUUUAUGACUUAUGUUGCCGAGAAAUUUCAGUAUGAACUCACGGAUCUCUAUACAUAUAACUAUAUGAGCGUUGAUCUAUCACAUUAUAUAUGCUUCAAUCUUCUGGGAACAUUCUUUCGCCUGAUGAGUGACAUUAUAGUGCGUUCUUCGUUUCUGGAUCGUCACCAGUAUGUAAUGGAGAACAUUUGGUUACGCAGCGCCAGACAUCAGGAGAAGAUGCUUCUUCAUAACAUUUUACCGCCACAAAUCGCAAGACCCAUACAGGAUGAGAUGCGCAGUCGUAUAGCCCAGGGCAAGAAGGGUGUCGAGACCCAUCAUCGUCUAUUUGACUCUUCGGAUCGCAUUAUGGCGGUGCAAAUCCAUCCUGAAGUUACUAUCCUCUAUGCGGAUGUGGUUAACUACACCCAGCUGACCACAACAUUGACUGUGGAGAAGCUAGUGACACUGCUUCAUGAUCUUUACGGUAGAUUCGAUUUGGCCGCCUCACAUUUUCGUGUGCAACGUAUUAAGUUCUUGGGCGAUUGCUACUAUUGUGUAGCAGGUCUAAUACGUCCCAAUCCCGACCAUGCAAAAUGCUGUGUUGACCUAGGCCUCUCAAUGAUCGCUCACAUCAAGGAUGUUAGACAGGAGCGUCAGCUGGAUAUUGGUAUGAGAAUUGGUGUUCAUUCGGGCAACCUCUUUGCGGGUGUCAUUGGUGAGGCAAAGUUGCAAUACGAUGUCUGGGGUCAGGAUGUGACCAUUGCCAAUCGUCUGGAGUCAACAGGUUUGCAAGGACAUGUUCACAUAAGUGGUAGCACAUUAAUGAAUCUCGAUGCUGACGAAUAUGUAAUCCUGCCUGGCACUCCGCAAGCCGCCAAUGAUCCAUUUCUACAGAUGCACAAUAUAAGCACAUAUCUAGUGCAAGCCGAUAACAGUUAUCGGGCUAGCACACAAACAAUCGAAAUAGUUGAUUCGGUGUCAAUUCUGAAUUUACGUUCAAGACCGGAAGGAAGUAUUGAAAAUGCGGCUAGUAGGGAAUUGCACGAAGAGUUUCGCAAAAUGCCCUUGGGUGCCAGAAACAUUGGGUAUUUUCUCACAUGUCGAGAGGCCAAGGGCGAACAUACUCAUGUACCCAAUUUGUUGACCAUGUACUUUCUGCAUUUUCGAGAUCCAAGUUUGGAAUGGAAAUAUAUGAGACAGCCGGACUAUAUGUACAAGUAUAGCUUGCUUUUCGCCUGGUGUAUAGGAGUUAGCCUUGUCUAUAUACAAUUGGUAGAUCACAGUGGCCCAAAUAUCUAUUGCUUUUUAUCGGAUUUUGUGGUGAUAUUACUGUUGUCUUCAUUUCUCUUCGUUUCCUGGUAUAAAAAAAUUUGUUGGUGGCGAUAUGGAAAAGCAACACAGGGCGGAUUCGGUCGAUUUAGCUGUCUAAUGUUUCGCAUCAAAGAUACUGUUCAAAAAAGUUUGUCAUUACGAAUUUCAGUGUAUCUAUUUAUUAUUAUAGCCUACUAUCAAAUUCUUGGGAUUAUAGUGGUUGAUUGUAAUCGUGAGGAAUAUGCUGUUCUUCAUAUUGAAAAUAAAUUGUAUCAAUACGAAAUGGAUGUCAAUAUGUGUUUCCGUCCUUGGGUAUUAACCAACAUGGUGGCCCUAAUAAUGGGUGUGAGUUUCACUUUUACUCGCAUUCCAUUUUUGGUCAAGACAUUGGUUAGCUGCAUAGAGGCCACAACUUAUUUGGUCAUACUAUUCUUUCAAUAUGAAUAUGUGUUCCAUCAUAGUACCACAACCAAUCCGUUUUACAAUUCCGAAUAUGCUCAUUGUACGACCAUUAUAGUAGCCUUAAUUACAUUAUAUCUAAAGGAGAGGCAAACCGAAUUCAAUAGCAAAAUCAAUUAUCAUUGGCGUACCGAAUUGAAAAAGAAGCAAAGGGAUGCCCAUUUGACAAAUGUAUCGAUUACAGUUCUAUUAAAUAAUAUUUUACCAGCUCAUGUGGUGAAUGUCUAUUUGACUUCAUUGGCUAAACAUGAAUUGUAUUAUGAAAAUUAUAGUAUGGUUGCUGUAAUGUUUGCCUCCCUACAUAAUUUUCCUAUAAACCUUCAUAGAUUGCGUAUUCUAAAUGAGAUUAUUACUGAAUUUGACAGAGUGCUUCUUCAUUAUAAAGAGUAUUUUGUGGUGGAGAAAAUCAAAAUAGUCAGUUGCACUUAUAUGGCGGCUUGUGGCCUAGAUGUAAAUUUUGCGGGUUCCAUUAGCCGACCGUCAGAAAAUCCUUCCGCAUUAGUCGAUGAGGUGGAGCGUGCCCGAAAAACUCGAGCUACUUUUAUAUCGGAAACUGAUUCCGGUAAUGCCGAGUCUGAUAAUCAUGACGAAGUUGUCUUUGUAAUGGCCACCUUUGCUUUGGAUCUAUUGCGUACCCUGUGGGCCUUCAACAGUGCGUAUAAAGAGUUAAGAUUCGAAAGAGCUUUCAGCACUAGUGAAAUGAGCAUUGGCAUAUCCAGUGGCCAGGUAAUGGCCGGUGUUGUUGGCGCCUCUCAGCCCCAUUAUGACAUCUGGGGUAAUCCUGUUAAUAUGGCCUCUCGCAUGGAUUCUACGGGAUUAGACGGUCAUAUUCAAGUUACCGAGGAGACUGCAAAUAUAUUAAAAGAAUUUGGUCUCGAAUGCAUUUACCGUGGAAUGACUUAUGUGAAGGGACCUGGCCUGAUACCAACAUAUUUUGUGGCCAUUGAUAGUGAUUACAAUUUUAUUGAGUCUUCAUUGGUCGCUAGGCAUAUGCGUUCAGGUGAACGUCGCACAACCAUAGUAAACUCAAUGGUAAACAAUGAGUAUUCAUUGCAACCUAGUUAUGAUUCGGAUAAGUAUGAUGAUUAAGUGCAAAAAUUAAUUGAAUAUUAUUCAUACAAUGACUUUAAUGGGGAAACGGAGUAACUAUUUUCAGGCAUCAUGGGAAUAAAAUUAAAUGAAUAUUAGAGAGUCCAAUCUCUCUCUCUCUCACUUUACUGAAGAUGCUUUUAAUUCUAUUAUUAAAAUUAUUUUAUAUUCAUUUUGUUGUCAUUUAA